UGGUUGUAAAUAAACAAUAAUUUUUAGGGAAAAGAUUAUUGUAAAGUGGAAGAGCAAGCUGGGUUAUGUCCGUGGCCUUUGACCUGGACAAACCAUUGGACAUGGACAGUGGCAAGGAAAAGCAGGUACUGAUAACAGCUGGUCCGAAUGCAAGGCACAACAUAAGUAUCUCAUGGAUGCGGCGCUGUCGUCACUACAAGCUGGCUAUAAUAAUACUUCUGCUCUUGGUGCUGCUUCCACUGUUAGCCCAUCGCAGAUUGCUGAGUGCCGAGCAAGAUGCACAGCCAACAGAUGUACAUCGCAGUCGACCACUGCUGGAUGCUUAUGAAGAUUUCAGUGCUAUGCGCGCAAGCGAUUUGAAGAUGCGCAUUGAAGAGAUGCUACGAAUAAAGAGCACCGUGUCCGUGGAGCUGCGCGAACUGGAAUCACGUCGACAAAAGCUGCAAUCCGACAUCAGUCAGUAUAAUCAAAAGAUUGAAGAGCUCAAGCAAGAGUUAUUGCGCGAACAAACAGAGUUGGAGCGCCUAAAAAUCAGCGUGGAGCAGGCGCAGGUUGCGCAACAAGAAGCUGUGCAACGCAAUACGCCCGAACUGGCGCUGCCACGCACACUAUUGCCCAGCGUGCUACCACGCAAGAUGCUUGCCGUUGGCAGCGACGUAUCCGACGCUUGCGAAAUGCACAAUUGCUUUGAUCACUCGCGCUGCAGUCUAACCUCUGGCUUUCCAGUUUAUCUCUACGAUCCAGAUGUCCAUAGCGUGCAGCGUGCGGGCUACGAUAUAGACGGCUUUCUGAAGACUACACUCAAGCAAACUCUAGGCUACAAUGCACACAUAGUGCGUGAACCCAAGCAGGCUUGCAUCUAUUUAGUGCUCGUGGGUGAAGCGCUCUUGGAACAGGAUUUGCUGCGAAACAAUCGUUAUGCUGCACAAGAGGCUGAGCAUCAGCAACGCGCCACAGCUGCGAACGACAAGCAGCACAAAGAGUCACCCAUUGAUAUGCAAAAGCUUUACGCGCUGCCCUAUUGGGGAGGCGAUGGACGCAAUCAUGUGUUGCUGAAUCUCGCGCGACGCGACUUGAGUUCCACGCGUAACAACCCUUUGCUGGGUCAGAACACCAUGCGUGCCAUUGUGGUGCAAAGCAGCUUUGAGCGCAACCAGUUUCGUCCAGGCUAUGAUCUCAUAGUGCCACCCAUAUUGGGACCACCUGGCGGUGAUGUGUGGCAGGAGUGUGCCAGCAUGUUGCCAGCACGGCGCAAGUAUUUGUUGUCCUUUCAAGGUGAACUACGUCCAACAGGCAUAGUACAGACUGCUGCUCAACCACUAGAUGACUUUAUUUUGGAACAUUUAAAGGACAUGUCACAUGGCGCUACACAGGAUCAGUUUCAGCUGCAGUUUGAGUGUGUUCCGGCUAUAGAGCAGCAUCAGGAACUUGCCUUGGUAGACUGGACGCUAUGCGGUACUGAAUCCUCUCGCAAGCAGCUGCUCAAGGAUUCUACAUUUGCUCUUAUACUGCCGCCGUUGGGUGCACGUGUUAGCUCCACUUUGAUGUUGGCGCGUCUUUUUGAAGCGCUACGCUCGGGUGCUGUACCCGUCAUUCUGGGUGCCGACGAGCUGCGUCUACCCUAUGCUGAGACCAUUGAUUGGCGUCGUGUGGCAGUGUUGUUGCCUAAAGCGCGCAUCACAGAGCUGCAUUUUCUGCUGCGUGCCGUGCAAGAUGCGGACUUGCUACUACUGCGUCGUCAAGGGCGCCUCAUCUGGGAGCGUUAUCUUAGCUCUGUGCAAGCAACAGUGGACACAUUGAUUGCCAGUUUGCGUGAUCGUCUUGGCAUACCGCCACGUCCAGUGGUCAAUAUUAUAGCGCAAAGUGUGUUCAACAGCAGCUUUAUACCGCUAAAGUCCGAGCCGCCAGUGGGUAUGGAUACGGAGCCGGAGGAAUCACUGGGACCAAUAGAGCCGCCUUAUCCCAGUCCUGCUUUUCGCCGUAAUUACACUAUUUUGCGACUGCAAUCGAAGGAGGCUUGGAACGAUUGGUUCGAUCCUUUCUAUCUCUACCCACAGCUGCCAUUUGAUCCUGCACUGCCCUCAGAGGCAAAGUUCAUGGGCUCGCAUACAGGCUUUCGACCCAUAGGCAAGGGCAUUGGCGGCGCCGGCAAGGAGUUCAGCGAAGCUUUGGGCGGCAACUAUCCGCGUGAGCAGUUCACUAUAGUGAUGCUUACCUAUGAGCGCGAGCAAGUGCUAAUGGAUUCGUUGGGACGGCUCUAUGGUUUGCCAUAUUUGCAUAAGGUAGUGGUGGUGUGGAACUCACCCAAGCCGCCUUUGGAUGAUUUGCGCUGGCCGGACAUAGGCGUGCCCGUAUCCGUUGUGCGUGCGCCACGCAAUUCGCUUAACAAUCGCUUCUUGCCCUUUGAUGUUAUUGAAACAGAAGCAGUGCUAUCAGUGGAUGAUGAUGCGCAUUUACGCCACGACGAAAUACUCUUUGGAUUCCGUGUUUGGCGUGAGCAUCGCGAUCGAGUUGUUGGCUUUCCGGGACGCUAUCAUGCGUGGGAUCUGAGCAGCAACAACAUGUGGCACUACAAUUCCAACUACAGCUGUGAGCUGAGCAUGGUGCUGACUGGUGCCGCCUUUAUACACAAGUACUACAUGUAUCUUUAUACCUAUCAUAUACCUCAGGCCAUACGUGACAAGGUGGAUGAGUAUAUGAACUGUGAGGAUAUUGCCAUGAAUUUUCUAGUCUCGCAUAUGACGCGCAAGCCACCUGUUAAGGUCACCUCACGCUGGACUUUCCGCUGCCCCGGCUGUCCAGUUUCACUCAGUGAGGAUGACACACACUUUCAAGAGCGACACAAAUGCAUCAAUUUCUUUAGCCAAGUGUUUGGCUAUACGCCACUGCUCAACACACAGUACAGAGCGGACUCAAUACUCUUUAAGACGCGCAUACCGCAUGAUAAACAAAAGUGCUUCAAGUACAUUUAGUCAUGCUCUCAUCCUCAUAUCAAAGAGCGAGCGUACUUAUGCCGACUCACUCAAGCUGACUUGACUCUUAAGCUUCUAUACCUUAACUAGCUUAACUUAGUAAUUAAGAGAGUGCACACACACGUAAAGCGUUGCCAGAUGUACACUCUUAUACAAUUAUCAUUUUUAAUCUGUGUUUAAGAGAGCGCAAUGGCAUGCCGCUUAAGCUCUUUCUUUAAGUUAAAAUACUCCGUUUGUUUGUCGCUUAGUUACCUCAACCUUGUAUAGUUUUGCCAAAAGCUUAAUUGGCCGCUCACUGACAAAGGCAUUUAAUACCCUGCUGAAUUUUUAUCAAUUCUGUUUUCUAUUUGUAUGUAUAUAUAUUUAUCCAAAGAGUUUGUAAGACUUUAGUUGUAAGUAUGCAGCCAUGUUUUUUGUACGUAUAAUGUCGAUAGUCAUAAAAUUUGCUUAAUUUUUUUUAGCAACUUGUAAGAAAAAAAUCAUAAACAUAUGGUA